CUUUCAAUGGCUGAAUACAGCAGUUUAUAUUUUUGAGCUGGAUGCUGGUGAUACCAUACGGCGGAAAUGUCUAAUUGUCCCCAAAUAGCGGCACGGGAUGACCCCGACAUUACGCUUUCAUCGUACGACACGGGGCCGGGAACCAUAGUAGUAGUUUCAUGCUCGGGUUUCGGACGACACGUGGAUGGGCCCACUAGGCUGGUCUGCAACGGUGGCCAAUGGUCAGACACUCCUAGCACUACAUGUAAAAGUCAGUUGGACGACAAGGAGUCCUUAUAUCUUGGGAUUGGCCUGGGGAGUGCAGCCCUGGUAAUUGUGUGUAUAUUCUGGGUCUGUGUGGCCUACUUCUACUGCAAACAUAAAUGGAGAAGGAGGUAUAACAGUAGCUUUGGCAGCGAAUACCGAGAGGACAAAAUACGGCAACCAAUGCAUGAUUUCUUCCCGACAUCACAUCCCUGGGGACCGCCACCUGGCUACGACAGUUUUCCGUACAGAAGUAGACGGGGCUACCGUUUCCACGACAACCGGCGAUACGGUUAUUACGGCAACAACGGAAUUGAUUUCCAUAAAAACCGCGGUUACCAUGACAAUGAAGGUUUCAAACGCGGAAGUUAUUCUGAUGUCUCAAGAAUUUCUAUCCGAAAACAUCGACACGAUUGGGAUAAUGAAGAUUACUUUGGUGACAAGAAGUUUAGGAGAGGAAGCUUCUCAGAUCGUUCAAAUGAUUCAUUCAGACGUCGUUACCAUGGACACAGAAGACAUUCUGAUGGCGAAAAUAACUAUCGAAGGACUCGGCGGUUUUCGGACGGGGAUUUAGGUUAUCACCAAAGAACUCGCUUUUCGGGUGGAAACAGGCUUUUGGAUGACGGCAGGCAUUCAUUUGACCGGAAUUAUAGUCGACAUAGACGCAGAUAUUCAGACCCGCUGUACUACGGCCCGUACGGCCCACCCGUAGACAAGUACUAUGUCUCCGAGCCCAGAAUCCCGUACCGCACGCGCCCGACAGUGAAGGUUUACGAAUAUGAGGUGGAAGCGCCGCCAUACAGAGAGGAAAAGAUCAUCGAAUAUGUCCACGAGCCGGUUCGUAGGACCCCACCCCCGACUGUGACGUAUGUAAAACCGCGACCAAUCGAAAUCGUCGAGGAAAGGCCAAUCAUCAUAGAAUCUUCCCCGCGAUAUGAACAGAUCAUCAUCAAGGACGACAGGCCAAGGCUAGACAACGCUAGAUACGUAAGCGAUCGCAGAUCGGGGUUCGAAUCGGUUAUUUUAGAUGAUGACCCAGUCCACGUUAAAUAUGACGUCAGAGCUGGGCGGAGGACAUACACUGACGUACUUCCGGCUGCAAAAAUUGUCGAAUUAGACGACAUAGAGGAGUUAAUGGUCCCAAGGGAGGUCCCGAUCAAAUCCGGGCACUAUGAGGCCACGACUGUAGAUGGAUCAACUAGUAAUUAUUUCUUCGGGAGGCAGGAUUUCCAUAGAUCCUCAAGAAAUGGUGAAAGCGCACUUCGCAGAUCCGCAUAUAAUGGAAACGGCGACGUGAGAAAUGGGGAUAGCGCUUUUCGUAGAUCUACUUAUACUAGAAACUCCGACCAAAAUUUGCGCAGGUCAACUUAUGGUGGAAAUGAUCUAAGAGGGACCAAUCUAAGAGGGACCCAAAAUGAGCUUGAUCACGUGCUCUACCAUGGAAAGGGGAAAGUGACCGAAAUUUACGAAGAUCCAUCGGAGUACGCAUUGCCUAAAGCAAGGAUCCUCUAGAUAUUUGGAUGAUUCAUUCAUAAAAUCAAAUUUAAUCCUUAAUCACAAAGCUGCUACUUUAAAAAUGCGAUGUAGUUGUUACUGGGCGCUGUAACUUUAAAAUUGCGAUGUAACUGUAAUAGGACGUUGUUACUUUAAAAUGCGAUUAAGCUGUUACAGGGUGCAUUUACUUUCAAAAAUGCGAUGUAGCUGUUACAGGGCGUUAAAAGAAGUUGUAUACGAAAUUAGGAGGAAGCUGAUAACGUGUAAUAUUAAAAACUAUCUGGGAAAUAUCGCUUUAGUUGUAAAGGAGCGCUAUGAGAAUAUAUCUAUAAAACUCGAUGUACAAGGCUGUUACAAAGUUUCUAUGAAAGUACACUUAGUUGUUACAGGGCGCUUUUACAAAUUAUCUAUGGAAUUACACUGUUGUUGUUACAGGGCGCUUUUACAAAUUAUCUAUGGAAUUACACUGUAGUUGUUACAGGGCGCUGUUACAAAGUUUCUAUGAAAGUACACUUAGUUGUUACAGGGCGCUUUUACAAAUUAUCUAUGGAAUUACACUGUAGUUGUUACAGGGCGCUGUUACAAAAGAACUUUUAAAUUACACUGUAUUUUUUAGAAGUGUGGUUUUUUUCUACAACUUCUUUCUACGACUGAAACACUCCCCAUCUAUUUUUCUGCAUAUCUACACAUUAAAACAACUUAUAAGUCUUUAUAUAGAUCAUGAGUUGCCAUAUUUAUAUCUUAGUAUAAUGGGUUUCUGAAUGAAAGUUUAAACAGUAAAUCUGACUUGAAUGUGGACAUUGUAAAUCGUACUCAUAAUUGUAUAUGUUUUAUAUCAGAUUCCGUAUAACCACAUUAUCUCAAUCUUCUAAAUUGAGGACAUUUUAUAAGUGAUCGUUCUUUACGGAAUGUAUCAAACGAGAUUCUGACGAGAUUUUAACAAUUUAAGUAAACGAGUUUAAUUAAGUCCAUGUUCGAUGACUACGAAUGUGAUUUUCAAUUUACACCGUAAAUAGUUCAUUAUUCAAUCAAUUACGUACAGAAAACGUCGCUUUACAACACACGCAAUUAACAACCCAAAUUUAUGACGACAAGCGUUCUAACACAAGUUGUAUCAAGAAAAAUAAAUAAAUUGACGUUUUUUUAUUUAGGCAACAGCAUGGAAUUACAUUGAUGCUGGCAUAUUGUAUACAUCUCAAACAAUAACCUUUUAUAUAUUUCUCUCCGGUAUAUUGUAUAAAUUUCAAAUGAAAAUGUAAUAAACAUAUCGAAAACAUUUCACAUUUGAUGUUCUGGCCGAUUUUCUCGAAACAU